AUGAAAAUGAAAAAUGGUAAAAAGAUACAAGAAUUCAUUAGCCAUGUUCUUGACAUUGUCUACCAGAUCCGAGCACUUGGAGAAGAUGUACCUGAACACGCGGUUGUUGGAAAAAUCUCAAGAAGCCUCACACCUGGCUUUAAGCAUGUUGUGUCUUCCAUAGUUGAGGCAAAAGACUUGAGAACACUCACGGAAGAGGUCGAGGACAAGGCUCAUUCUCAGUGCAUUUCCGUGGCCGAGGACGAGGGAGAGGAAGGAGUGGUGAGCCCUCUUCUAGACAACAAUAAAGACAAGGAAUACAAUGCUAUGUGUGUAAAAAAUAUGGACACACUAAUGAACAGUGUUGGUACAAUGAUGACAAAAAAAGUAAAUGUGGUUGAGGAAACCAAAGAAGAAGAAGAAAGUUGCCUGUUCAUGGUGACUAAGAACUUCACUUGUGAAACCAAUUCAAGUUGGCUUAUCAACAGUGGUUGUUAUAACCAUAUGUCUGGUAACAAAGAUCUAUUCCAUAGACUGGAGGAUAUGGCUCAUCAAACCGUGAGACUUGGGGAUGGCAAGGUACUGAACGUUGCUAGUGUAGGCUUAGUUUCACUUCACUCAAACUCUGGGAAGCAAAAUAUGCUUCACAAUGUACAAUACGUACCUCAACUAGCCCACAAUCUCCUCAGUGUGGGCCAGUUGAUGGCGUCUGUAUACUCUGUAGUCUUCCUGAUGAAGAAUGUAAGAUCAAAAGCAUGA